GGUGGACGAGAGCCACGCUCUGCCGGCGCGUACUACUACGAUCUGGCACUCAGAUUCGCGGUGGUAGUCAUUGGGCGUCGAGACGCCGCGUCGUGCGAGCUAUUCUGGCUCUGUCUCGUGUCCAAUUUGAAAUUCAUAAAAUUAAUGUUCAUAUUUUCUUGAUAUCUUAUUGAUAAAGUUUUUAAGUUUAAGUAAUUAUUUCUUCACCAGGUGAAUUUUGUUUCCGUGAAUUUUGUUGUUGGUUAUUUUUUUUUUUUAAAUAAAAAAAAUGUUGAUUUGUGUUGAAGUUAAGUGAUUAUAUUUAAAUAAAUAACUUGUGCUGUGCAAAUAAAAAGGAGUAAUAUUGUCAAUAAAAAAUCGGUGGUAGUGUGAUAACGAAAAAGUUGUUGGCGAAUUUGUAGACUGGCACGGGCCAGCACCAUUCUCUGUUCUCUUUUCAAGGGAUAUAUUUGUUUUUUAAAGUUUUUUUUGUCGUACCAAUUGCACUGCUGUUGUUAAAAUUUUUACAUUAAAAUAUCGCAAUUUUUGGUCAUAAAAUUUGAAAUUUUUUUUUCGUUAAAAAAUAAUGAUAAUGUACGGAAUUAAAGACUUCUGGUAAAUUUGUAGGAGCGCGUGGUUGGGUAACCUCGUGAGUGGGUCUCCGACUCCUCGACUUAUCCCUUAUUUAUUUUUUUGUUCAUCAUUGUUUACAGCGUGACGUUUUUUGCGGAUGAAAUACACUUGACUGCUCGUGUACAUCAUCACCCUCGGGUGCUUUAAUUCUUCCGCGUGCUUCACUUGCACUCAGACAUUUUUACAAGUCUUUGGUUGGCGCCUUUCGCUCUUCCUCAUAUCACUCUCACUCGACUUUCUUCUGUCGUGUCAUCAUAUUUUUUUACGCCUAAGUAAACAAACAUGAAGAGCAACUCAUCAGUGUUUUCUGGAUUUGGUUGUGAGACUUUGAGAAAGUGAAUUAAAAAAAAUAAUAAUCAUCGUAAUAACAAUAACAAUAAUAAUAUAAAAAAAAAAACUAUUGCUUGCAGCGUUAAAGUGAGUAGAUCAAAACGAGGAUGAGUUGGCUGGUGCAAGUCCUGAACAUGGUGGUAAUUUGGCGACUCUCACCGUCACUGUUUCCGAGAUAUCAAAAAUAAUAAAAUAAAUACUGAAAAAUUUUAAUAAUUUAAAAACUAAAAGUUACUCGUAAAUGUGGAUUAUUAUUAUGAAUUAUCAUUAAUUCAAGUAUGUGUGAAGAUAGAUACAGAGUCAGAGACCUGAAGAAGAAAUAAGCGAUAACAAUGUCACGUGUCGCGAAUAUCUUGGCACGUUCCAAGCUAUUGAUGCUGUCGCAUCUUUCGCUCCCAGUGUUGCUAGUAUUGUUUACGCUAAUUGCAGAAAAUUUUGUCGCAGCUAGUGAGUUUCCCGAGCGGGAAUGUUGCGAUCCAAUUUAUCCAAUACCAGAGCCGACCAGCAAGGCUCCAUCGGUGCCUACUCCAACGGGCAGAAGUGGUCCAAACGUCAAGACUGCAGUGGCAAUUCUCAAUUGUCUAUUUGCUCGGCAAUUGUGUUUUGAAGACCCGUCUUGCAGUGCCAUUCUAGAAAUUAUUCCUCGAGUCUGUGGCCCAGAACUCGUGGCGUGCUCAACGGUGACGGUGACCAAGUGUCAAGCGGCAUUGAAAACUCUCCAAGCGUUUUCAUUCUUCCGGCCAACGUGUCUCUGCAAAGAGCCACACGUCGAUCCAGAGUGCAACAGCUUUCAGAAUUUUCUCUUUGAUCACCCUUGUAUAUAUGUUCUCAAAAAAGAUAAAGACCCAUAUCCAAUAGAUGCACUUCUAACAUGCAACCAUGCUCUAAUGGUUUGCCAGCGCACCAAGUCGUGUAUCAAGCUUUUUGACGACUUUAAAGCUAGCUGUAAGAUACGAGAGAAUAAAUGCAAAAUGGAGAGUCGAGAAGCUUGUCAUGAUGCCUGGACUCAAUUAAGGUUAUCGCCGAUGUUCGGAUGCAUUUGUCCAGGCAAUCAAGCGAAAAAGCGCUGUGAUAAAAUAUUCUCAACGGUUAAUCAUAAUCCGUGUGUGGACUUUCUGCCCUUCUCCGCGUCCUUAGACCUAUCAGGAACGGACUCGGCCCUAUAUCCGUUCGACCCCCAGCAGGAGAGCUUUCAAGAGAUCUGGUUGCCCCCGACCAGUAUGUACCCCUAUUUUUUAUUCCCCGCGACCGCGCGCACUUACAGCUACAAUAGCAACAAUGACGAGUUCGACCACGAUCGACAUCGUCAUGGGUACUACGGGCUGCCAGAAAUGCCUGGCAGCGCGGAAUCGGACCGUACGAUUUCGGGCCCGGGUCCCCACGAUCGCAACCCUGUAGCCGGUUCUUCUUCUUCUGCUUCUUCUCCUUCCUACUAUCACGAAUUCAGCGGCAAGCAUGCUUCUAACGACACCGAGCAUGACCUCGAAAAGCACAAAGUUGACCGCGGUAAUCAACACCACCACCACCAGCACCAAAAUCACAACCAUCGGCACCAUCACGACAAUCGUCCCUCAGCACCAUCACCUGUUCCUGCACCACCACUAUUACCAUCAUCAUCAUCAAUACCACAGCCUGCAUCGCCUGCACUUCAGAACGAGAAAGUAUCUGCACAAUCGGCACCAGCACUAAGACCUGGCACCAACCGUUUUGCACCGAGACCUACUUACGAGCAUGGACCUGUUGUUGUCGACCGGAUUGACGACGACUUCGGUCUGCCUAUUGAUCGACUUUUUGAUCUCCGUAAAGCCUUCGAGGGCUUCGUUGCUCAAGUGAAAAUCAUCUCGCAUCCCGACAACACCACGAGCUUUGAAAUCAUCGAGUCGCAACUGGAGAACCCGCUGAUUGAUGCUGAUCAUCAAGACCUUCAUGCGUUGAAGCAGCUCACACUUCCGGGGUUCAGGCAUCGGCCACAUCAUCGGAAGAAUCACACUACUGAAGACGAUGAUUCAUCGAUCGAUUUUGAAAAAAUUCAUCAACCUGUAAAGUUAAUACUUUCAAGUACGUGUCACCAAGCUUAUUCAAUGUGUCGAAAUGAUACGGAGUGCCGAGGAUUGUUGCAGCCGAUAUUGAAUCACUGUGACGCUUCAAGCUGUGCUCGUAAUGAGUGUAUGAAUGCAUUGCAGAAGUUCUACAAAAAAGCUAAUGAUAGUCACUCGAUGGAGAUUGCUUUUUGUCUGUGCAAAAAAACUCAAGACAAAGAUGACGCGUGCAUAGUGGCCCAAGAAAAGAUGCACCCAGUCUGCGCCCAAGGUCACGACCUAUCCGAGCUCCCAACCUGUCACAGUUUAGCCCUGGCAUGUCGUGAGGACAUCACAUGCAGAAAUAAAUUGGAGCACUACGAGCAGAGCUGUGCCGUGGAUAGCGUGACGAAAAAAUGCGCGGGUCCGCCCGCUGACUGCAGAAGAGCAAUGCUAGGAAUUCUUGGCACGGAACUGAGAUCCAAUUGCGCUUGUAAGGGCACUGAACUUACGCAGCUUUAUGAUUGUUUGGGAUGGCAGAGAUUACUUUGGGUUAAUCCUUGUGUUGUCGAGUCGCAGAAGGAUUUCCAUGCGCGGAAAAAACAUCACCAUCAUUCCAAUACAAAGCCCAGUACUACGACCCUAUCUACAGACUCCUGGAGCACGUCGUCGACAUUUUUUGCCGUCACUCCGCUGAUUACUGACAGCGUUGAAGAAGAUAAUGUUAUUCCAGAAGUCAACAGAAAAUCAACGACUCAGCCAACGAUGAAUGAUGUAGAUCAAUUUAGUUUUAGUAGCAGUGUUAUUAUUAGUACAACUAGUUCUACUAGUACUACUACUGCUGUUACUACUCCUUCGACAACUACUACAAGUACAACUCCGCCACGUUUUUGUGUGUUUCAAAGACCGAGGCAAAAUCAUCAGUACAUACGUGAGGGCAAAGGAAAAAGACUCUACCGCGACAACGAGCCCGAAUGUUCGGACCUAUGUCAGUGUGGAGAGGGUGUAACCCUUGUCUGCAACACAAUCUGCGUUCAACCUUCACCUUGCAAAACUCCCUUUGCUUUUUAUAAUCAUGCAGCGCCAGCCUACCAGGCUUUCAGGGGGCGCUGCUUGUGUUACAGUGGUCGCUUCAUAUGUAUGCGGCCUUCUCCUGAAACUUACAAUAUCCCUCACGGAGUCUUCAUGUUCCUUGGGUACAGCGAAACUGACGAGGAUUUCAUGAAAACUUACAAUAAUUUAACUGUGCUGGACGCGGUUAACUCACUUGACAGCUUUAUUCGUGAAGAAGCUAACAAUAAGACCAUGUGUACCCUCUUCUUAUACAACGUCACACAGGAGAAUGUAAUAGCAGUGGCGCGACUCGGCGGAAAUAAUCCACCGCCUAAUAGCAGUCAAGCACAGAGCUUACAGCACCUGCUACGCAUCAAGGAGGAAUGCGGUGCAAUUCUCCAGGACUUAAGUGAUAAAAUAAACAACAAGCACCAAGAAGUCCACACUCAUCCACUUCUAUCCAUCUUCAAAAUGGCCGAAGUUGAGGUUAAGCUGCCUCAAGGCAGCGGAGCAACAGCUAUUGUAAUAAAAAUGUCUCUAUUACAAUUAAUAUUUAUUUUACUAACAACAACACUCAUUAAUUCUAUCUUAUUAACGACUUUUAAUAACGAUAACAAUAAUAUCAAUAGUUACUUAACUUCGUGACAGAGAACGUAACAGCCCCCGCUAUAUAUAUAAGCGUUGAGAUAAAUAUAUAUAAAACCAACGCAACAGGAGGUCCAUCUUCUUUAUAAAAAGUACUCUUGUCUACGAAUGUGUACAACAAAGCUUGAGGAGCAAUUUUUAGUAUUUAUUUAAUGUAUAAAGUUCAAUAUUAUUUGCUACGUGUGUCUGUCAAUUAUCGUAUGGAUCGAAAGAAUAUAUGUCAACUCGUCGUCACGUUACUUUUUUUUCCUUAUAUUUCAAAAAGCUUUUAGUUUAUUGAUUAUUAUUAGAAUGAUAAAAAACAUUUCACAAGUUUUUACUACAAAAGAAAUGAAAAAAUGAUCGGCUAUUAAAUUUUCUAAAAUA